CACAUGUACCUAUCAUGCUACAUUACAAUUACUACAGUACAUCUGCAUAACACUCAACUACCUAUCCUAUCCUCAACUUCCUCAAACCACUUCCUCCCUUUCCCAUGCUGUUUAACCCCAGCUUGCCAAAAUGCUACUCCUCGGAAACCUUCUCUACGUCUCAAUCCUCCUCGUGAACGCCAUCGCAAUCCUCUCCGAAGACCGUUUCCUCGCACGCAUAAACCUAUCCGCCUCGUACGAUCCCGCCUUCGGCGCCGGCCCCGAUUCUCAAAGUGUCAAGGCCAAGGUGAUCAACCUAAUCGCUAGCGUGCGAACGCUGAUGAGGAUUCCGUUGAUCGCGAUUAAUACUUUAAUAAUAAUCUACGAGCUGGUCUUGGGGUAAAAAUGGGAAGUCAUGGCCAGGGAGGAAAGAGAAGAAGCACGAUGACGAUUUAAGAAAUUUGCAUUCAGUUAAACCGGGCGUUUAGGUGUACACAUAUUACAUACAUAUGCACUCUAGUUUCGAUCUUGGGGGGGCAUGGUCAAAAUGGAGAUAGGCAGACUACUAGGUAGCGAUACAGUUAUUUGCAAGAACUGAAUAAUGCCACUAUACUACUAGUAGUACAUCAACCAUUAUAUUAAUAUCACUAAAACGCAAUGCUGGCAC